AUGGGAAAUAAAACUCACCGAAGCAGUAAUGAUCACUCGGUAAUGAAGCAAGUGUGGUCGGGUAUCGAUAAAAAUCCUCAGUAUCACGCCAAUUUAUUUUUCAUAAGCUUCUGCAAAACACAUGCUCAAUACUCAAAAUACUUCACCACCGAUGUGAACGCUCCACUGUCGGUGGACGCUCGAACGAGCGCCAAAUUCCGGCUGAUCAUCGAGGCUCUGGGAUAUUUACUACUUGAUUCCUACAAAAAACCCGAUCAGUUGGACUACAUCACUGGAUACAUUGCGAUGGUCCACAAGGACAUGGAGUUGAACCGUUCGGAUAUGUUUAAUUUCGGAGAAAGCCUGAUUGAUUACUUGACGGUGACAUUCCCCCGAUCAAUGACUCCGGACUGUCGAGCCAUUGUUUCCGGCCACAUUCACAAUCUCCUGAACGAAAUAUCCCGGAAAAUGGAGGAUUUGAGGGAGAGUGACGUCAUUGGGACGGAUGUUGGCAGGAAAAAUGAGAAGGUAACUUCGCAGUUGGGAAUUUACGAGGAAUUUUUCUCCAAUAAAAAAUUCCGAUCUCGAUCCAUUCGCCCUCAGAAAUCUACUAAAGGAAGAUUGCGCCGUAGAUCGGCUUCGAUCUACGGCCACACGGUGGACUAUUGGAUAGAGAGGAAGCGCGAAUGGGAUGAGCGGCUGGAGUCCUGGAGGCGCCAAACCGAUGCGAUGAGUAAGGAAACUGGAGGCUCUUCACCGGAAGAGGAGCCCAGGGUGACGAUCGGGCCGGUCACCGUGGCGUCCGUCGGCUCUCAUGCCGAUCAAUUUCUCAAGUCUUACGGGGUUAUAGGGGAGGUAAGGCAGGCGUCCCAUGACUCCAGACGCCGACGCCCAACCCUGAUGACCAAGAGAUCGGGCGAGAUGCAGUACAAAGUCGUCGAGACAAUGAUCGAUGCCCUCAAUAAAUCCAAUAGGGAGAGGAAUUCCAUCACCACUGACUCCAUAGCUAGACAGAGACGUCGUCAGAGGCACUCAGACUCUUCCUAA